AUGAUCACCACUGUCAUCUCAUCCUCUCCUCUCAGCACACCAGUCCAAUCCCCCUCCCUCCCCUCCCACUCCACCGGUUUCCUAACCAUGGCUUCCCCCCACACCCCUCCAGUUUCAUCCCCCCUAGCCCACUCCGGGCGAAGACCCGCUAACGCCAUUCGAUUUGGUGCCACCGGAUGCACCCCAAAACAAUGCAUCCUCAUCAACCUUUCAAUGGCACGUCAGGCCCCCUACCUCACUCGCAGUGCCUCCCACCAAUACCGCUUCACCUCCAAGGGAAUGAAGCUCUUUGCUGUCAAGGGCACUAACUUUCACAUUGAGGUCGUUUAUGAAGAGGCUGGCGACGACGACUCAAACUGA